AUGGGCAGCGGCGGGCGGCGGCUGCUGCUGGCACUGCUGGCGGCGACUUCGCUGCUGUGGGUGCCGGGGCAGGGCCAGCCCCGAGGCCUGUUUCCUGCCAUUUUGAACCUGGCCAGCAAUGCUCACAUCUCCACCAAUGCCACCUGUGGGGAGAAGGGACCAGAGAUGUUCUGCAAACUGGUGGAGCACGUUCCCGGCCGGCCCCUGCGCAAUGCCCAGUGCCGCGUCUGUGACAGUCACAGUGCCAAUCCCAAAGAACAGCACCCAAUUUCCAGUGCAAUCGAUGGUACCAAUAACUGGUGGCAGAGUCCCAGCAUUCAGAAUGGAAGGCAAUACCACUGGGUCACCAUCACCUUGGAUUUAAGGCAGGUCUUUCAAGUUGCAUAUGUCAUCAUCAAAGCUGCUAAUGCUCCACGACCUGGAAACUGGAUUUUGGAACGCUCCAUAGAUGGCACGGAGUUCAGACCAUGGCAGUACUAUGCAAUUAGCGAUACUGAAUGUUUAACUCGUUACAAUAUUACACCAAGAAUUGGGCCGCCAACUUACAAGAGGGACGAUGAAGUGAUCUGCACCUCCUAUUAUUCCAGACUAGUUCCCCUGGAACACGGAGAGAUUCAUACAUCACUGAUCAAUGGUAGGCCUAGUGCUGAUGAUCCUUCACAGAAGCUGUUGGAAUUUACGUCUGCACGAUACAUUCGCCUGCGACUGCAGCGUAUUAGAACUCUGAAUGCUGACCUCAUGACUCUCAGCCAUAAUGAUCCUAAGGAACUAGACCCCAUUGUUACCAGAAGGUACUACUAUUCAAUAAAGGACAUCUCUGUUGGUGGCAUGUGUAUUUGUUAUGGCCACGCUCGAAGCUGCCCUUUGGAUGAAAUCACAAAGAAAUUGCAGUGCCAGUGUGAACACAACACAUGUGGAGAGAGCUGUAACAAGUGCUGUCCAGGCUAUCACCAGAAACCAUGGAGACCAGGAACCCUUUCUGCUGGGAACAAAUGCGAGAAAUGUAACUGUCAUAACAAAACAGAAGAUUGCUAUUACAACCAGAGUAUUGCAGAUCAGAAAAGGAGCAUGGAUAUUCAUGGACAGUUUAUAGGAGGUGGUGUGUGUUUAAACUGUACUCAACAUACUACUGGGAUCAACUGUGAAAUGUGUGCUGAUGGAUAUUUUAGACCACACAAAGUUUCUCCCUAUGAGGAUCACCCCUGCUAUCCCUGUGACUGCGACCCUUUUGGCUCUCUGAGUUCUGUCUGUGUUAAAGAUGAGCACCAUUCUAACUCCCAGCGUGGCACUUGGCCAGGCCAGUGCCAGUGCAGGGAAGGUUAUGCAGGAGAAAAAUGUGAUCAUUGUGCAUUUGGGUAUCGGGGUUACCCAAACUGCCUGCGCUGUAACUGCAGCCUGGUUGGUAGCAUCAAUGAAGAUCCAUGCACGGAGCCUUGUCUUUGCAAAGAAAAUGUAGAAGGUGAAAACUGUGAUCUCUGUAAACCAGGAUUCUACAAUUUGCAAGAAAGAAAUCCUCAAGGCUGCACGGAGUGUUUUUGCUUUGGUGUUUCUGAUGUCUGUGACAGUCUUACAUGGCCUGUCAGUCAGAUUUCAGACAUGACUGGAUGGCUUGUUACUGAUCUGUACAAAGCAAGAAGUGUACAGCCUCAGCGAAGCCAAUUUGAUGGACCCCAUCAAAUAAGUAUUAACAACACUGAGGCUGUGAAAGUACUGAAAAAUACUUAUUACUGGUCAGCACCUGAGGCAUAUCUAGGAAAUAAACUCACAGCUUUUAGUGGAGACUUGAAGUAUACGGUAUCCUAUGACAUUCCAAUGGAGAGUGUGGACAGUGAUAUAGUGUCUAGUGUGGAUGUCAUCAUUCAGGGUAACGGGCAGAUUCUGAGUACAAGAGCAGCGGGCUUGUCAUUACAGCCAUAUGAGGAGUAUUCUAAUUCAGUGAGACUUGUAUCAGACAAUUUCAUAGAGUUUAAUACCAAAAAAGCAAUAGACCGAGAAAUGUUGAUGACUGUUCUGGCAAAUGUGACCCAUCUUCUGAUCAGGGCCAACUACAACAUUGCCAAAAAGGCUGUGUACAGGCUGGACUCUGUGACCUUGGAUACUGCAAAUGCAAAUGUUAUAGAUCUCUCUUCAGCACCAGAUGUGGAAUUCUGUGAAUGUCCUCAGGGUUACACAGGAUUAUCCUGCGAGUCCUGUCUCCCUGGGUACUACCGUGUGGAUGGAAUACUCUUUGGAGGUAUUUGUCAGCCCUGCAAGUGCAAUGGGCAUGCAACUGAGUGUGACAUUCACGGUGUUUGCUUUGCUUGUCAACACAACACAACAGGACCUUUCUGUGAUCAGUGCUUGCCUGGCUUCUAUGGAAAUCCAUCCCAAGGAACAUCUGAGGACUGCCGGCCCUGCGCAUGUCCUCUGAGUUCUUCUGCAAACAAUUUCAGUCCCACUUGCCAGCUGAGUGAGGAAGGUGGAAUUGUCUGUGACAAAUGUCUUCCAGGCUAUACUGGUUCUCAAUGUGAAAGGUGUGCUAAUGGUUACUAUGGGAAUCCUCUUAUGGCUGGACAGUCGUGUGCUCCUUGUGAAUGCAAUGGCAAUGUCAACCCUCAGGAAGAGGGCCACUGUGAUCCCUUCACAGGACAGUGCCUGAAAUGUCUGGGGAACACAGCAGGUCACCACUGUGAAAAGUGUGCUGAUGGGUAUUAUGGGGAUGCAGUGAUUGACAAAAACUGUCGUGCCUGUGCCUGCCACGUGAAUGGUUCCCUUUCAAGUACUUGUCAACACGAGACAGGCAUCUGCUCCUGCAAAUCAAAUGUAAUUGGAGAAAGAUGUGAUAAAUGCUUGAAUGGAUAUUAUGGGCUGCUUACUGGGCUUGGCUGUGUUCCCUGCAACUGCAGUCAGUUUGGCUCUGUGUCCGAGGACUGCAAUCAUCAGGGGCAGUGUCACUGUGUGCCAGGAGUGGCUGGAGAGAAGUGUGACCGUUGUGCUCAUGGCUUUUACGCAUUCCAGGAUGGUGGCUGCACACCCUGUGACUGUGCCCAUACUCAGAACAACUGUAAUGCUGAUUCUGGCCAAUGCAUUUGCCCCCCUCACACUCAGGGACAAAAGUGUGAACUCUGUGAAGAAAAUUACUGGGGACUCUCUCCUAAACUUGGUUGCCAGGCUUGCAACUGUAGCAGCGCUGGUUCAGCCAAUCCCCAGUGCGAUGUGUUGACAGGUCAAUGCCAGUGCAAAACUGAAUUUGGAGGACGAGACUGUUCCAGGUGUGCCUUGGGCUACAGGGACUACCCGGACUGUGUUGCCUGUGACUGUGAUUUGAGUGGAACCAAAGCAGAGACGUGCAACGGCACCGAAGGAGUUUGUGGUUGUGAAGAAGAAACUGGCGUGUGUUCCUGCAAGGAAAAUGUUUUUGGUCUACAAUGCAGUGAGUGUAAACCUGGAACUUUUGGUCUGUCUGCUAGCAGUGCACUAGGAUGUACUCCGUGCUUCUGUUUUGGGAUGUCCACAUCUUGUUCAGAACUAGAAGACCACGUGAGAAUUCCUAUAACAUUAACUCCAGAUCAGGCUAUUCUGCAUGUAGUAGCUCAAAGUAACCUGACUGGAACAGUGGAAGGAGUAUUUUCACAAUUUCCUGAUGUUUUAUUGGAUGCUGCCAUAGUCAGAAAAUACUUAAAUACAGAAACAUUUUACUGGAAGUUGCCAGAGCAGUUUCAGGGAGACCAGCUCAUGGCCUAUGGAGGGAAGCUGAGAUAUACUGUUGCCUUUUAUGCUUUGGAUGGCUUUGGAACCUCAAAUUUUGAGCCACAGAUUCUAAUGAAAGGAGGUCACACCAGCAAGUUGGUCAUCUAUGCAGACAUCCCGUCUCCAGAAAAUGGAGUAAGAACUGACAAGGAAGUAGAAAUGAAGGAGGAUUCUUGGAAGUAUUUUAACUCUGUGUCUGAUGAACCUGUCUUACGUUCUGACUUCAUGUCUGUGCUCAGCAAUGUUGAAUACAUCCUUAUCAAGGCAGCUUAUGGCCAAGGAUUACAGCAAAGCAGAAUUGCAAAUAUCUCAAUGGAAAUUGCAGUCAAGUUUGAAGAAAUGCAUCUAGGCAGACCUCUUGCUCAUCUUGUAGAGCAAUGUAGGUGUCCUGCUGGUUACACUGGAUUGUCGUGCCAGAGCUGUGCUCCAGGAUACUACAGGGGAAAGCAUACAGAACUCAGUGUAAGAGAGCUUCAUACUCUGAUAGCACCUUGUGUGCCAUGUCAGUGCAACAACCACAGUGAAACCUGUGAUCCUGACACUGGGAAGUGCUUGGACUGCAGAGAUAACACAGUUGGUGACCACUGCAGUGCUUGUGCCCCAGGCUACUAUGGGAAAGUGACUGGAUCUGCCAAUGACUGCUCUCCUUGUGCCUGUCCCAGAGCCAACCCUGCCAGUUUUAGUCCCACUUGUGUCCUGAAAGGUGUUCAUGAUUACCACUGUGAUGCCUGUCUCCCAGGAUAUGAAGGACAGUACUGUGAAAGGUGCUCCCCUGGCUACUACGGUGCCCCUCGGCUCCCUGGUGGCAGCUGCCGUCCGUGCCAGUGCAAUCCGGGCGGUUCCAUUCACGGGAAUUGCGAUGGUGCCACCGGGCAGUGUCUCUGCAAGCCAGGGGUGACGGGACAGCUCUGCGAGGAGUGUGAGCCCAGGCAUCUUCUGCUGGAAGACGAGUGUGUCUCUUGUGAUGACAACUGCACAGGAGUUUUGCUAAGCAGUUUGGAUAAUCUCGAUGAGGCCAUGCUUUCAGUGAACCUCACUGGUAUUGACCGUGUGCCUUAUGGGAUAUUGUCAGAGUUGGAGAAUGCAACAGAGCAUCUGAAGAGGUCUAUAGUUCCUAGAGAAGACCCAACUUACUCGUUAGAUACAACAAAAGAAAAUCUUCUGAAUUUAUCAGGAGGAAUUGAUUACUUGCAUGAAGAGACAACCAGAUUUUUGAAAAAAGCUCAGCAACUUGACACAAUGACUCAGAAAACCAGGAAUAAAAGUCAAGAACUGACUGGCUUUAUUGACACAGUGCAUACAACCAUCAAAGUGCUUGCUGAAGUUGUUUUGUCACUAAAUGAAACACUGGGCCUGGAUCUGCCGCUGUCAAAUGCUGCAUCUCAGAGCCUGCAGGAUGAUAUUUCUGCCCUUUUGGAUGCAUUGCGCAAGAAGGAUUUCGUUCAGCAGCACCAUAAUGCUACCACAGUCCUAAAAGCUGCAGAAAAGUUGUUGACCCAGGUUCAGAAAGAGUAUUUCAAACCCCAGCAGGAACUUGCUGAACUAAAAAGGAAUGCCAGCCAAUUCUUAUCAAAGCAGAGCAGCAGACUGCAGGAUGCCCAGGACCUGGUGAACGAGGCACUCGCUAACAUCAAUGAGACCCGUCGCUUGUUUCCUCUCAUCUCCAGCAACCUGGCAGAGUUAAAUGACAAAAAGCUAAAAAUAAAGGAAGGUGAAGAAAUCUCGACCAUGCUCAUUAAAGAAGGGAAGGUCCUACUGAAUGAUGCUGCUGCUCUUGCCCAAGAUGUAAAGAACUCUACGUUUAAUGUGGAAGUCCACCAGAAUGGGUUGGUCCUGUGGAGCACCAAACUGCGACAUCACGUGGAUGAGCUGGUGAUGAAGAUGUCUGUGAGAGGAGUGCUUGACUUGGUAUACAGAGCUGAGGAACAUGCCACCCAGUUCCAAAGACUUGCAGAUGCACUAGAGAGUGACCUUUCCAGAGUAAGAAAUGUGACUCUGAACACAACUGCUGCUAUCUACACUCACUCCAGCGUUCAAAGUGUGAUUGAAAGAACAGAAAGUUUGGCAGAUGAUGCAUCUAGAGUUGUGAGUGCGCCCUUGGAUUUAGUAAAGGAGUCUUUCAGUCUUCUGGGAAAAGAAACUCUACUACUUAGCUCCAAAUUUCAGAAUGAAGCUACAAAUCUGAAGAAAAAAAGUGAUGGACUUCUAUUUGGAUUGAAUGGGUUGAACAAAAAGGUAGAAAAGAUUCGGGAAAGUACUAAUAAAAUUGGCAACCAACUUAAUGAUUCUCUGUUGACACUCAGAGCAUUGCAUAACAAUGCCAGGAAACACAUGCUUGAAGUGAAAGAGCUGGCUGUGUCUGCAAACACCAGUGCUGUGGUGGAUUUAAGUCACUUUGGGGAGUUCAGUCAAAAGCUAAUGAAUACAUCUUCUACAUUGUCCCAAGUUAAUGACACUUUGAGGAAAACAAGUGAACUCAUAACUGAUUCAUCAAAAGCUGCAUACACAGCUGAAAAACAAGUUAAAGAAGUUGAAGCACAAGCAAGUCUUUUAUUGGAUAGACUCAAACCUUUGAAAAUGCUGGAGGAGAACCUGAACAGAAACCUGUCUGAAAUUAAAGAACUUAUCAGCCAGGCCCGCAAGCAGGCAGCAUCUAUUAAAGUUGCAGUAUCAGCAGACAGAGAUUGCAUUCGUGCCUAUCAACCCCAAAUUUCAUCUACAAAUUACAACACCUUAACACUCAAUGUGAAAACUGCUGAACCAGAUAACCUCCUUUUCUACUUGGGUAGCAAUGGUGCACAGCUGUUAGUUCCUUGUGGCACACUAUCAUGGGAUAGUAUUUUUCACAGACUAGUAAGCGUAUGUGUGCAUGUGUGUGUAUAUAUAUAAAGAGAGGGCAAGUGCAAUGGCUGUUUUGGAAGCCCACAGGAUGAGGACACUUCAUUCCAUUUUGAUGGCAGUGGAUACUCAGUGGUGGAGAAGGCACUUCGCUCAACAUUGACUCAGAUAUUAAUAUCUUUCAGUACCUUUUCACCAAAUGGGCUUCUUCUGUAUCUUUCUUCAAAUGGCACUAGAGACUUCUUAUCCCUUGAGCUUGUUGAUGGCAAAGUGAGGGUGACUGUUGAUCUUGGUUCAGGACCCCUUGCCCUUACAACAGAAAAUCGUUAUAACAACGGAACGUGGUAUAAAAUCUCAUUCAAUCGGAACAAGAAGCAAGGAAUUUUGACAGUCAUGGAUGCAUAUAACCUUAAUUAUAAAGAAACCAAGCAAGGAGAAUCUCCUGGAGUUGCCUCAGACCUGAACCGCUCUGAUAAGGACCCAAUCUUCAUUGGUGGGCUGCCAAGAUCGAGGGCUUUGAGGAAAGGUCUUAAUAGUAGAAUGUAUGUGGGAUGCAUCAAGAAUCUGGAAAUAUCUCGUUCCACCUUUGACUUGCUUAGAAAUUCAUAUGGAGUAAGAAAAGGCUGUGUAUUGGAGCCUAUUCAUAGCGUGAGCAUCAUGAACAAUGGAUAUAUUGAGUUGGUACCUAAGUCCUUAAGCCCAGAGUCAGAACUGAUGGCAACUUUUGCUACAAAGAACAGCAGUGGCAUCAUCCUUGCUGGACUCAGCAGGGGACUGGAAAAGCGACAACGAAGACAAGCACACUUGCCCUUCUUUUCCAUCAUGCUGAUUGAUGGUCAUCUUGCAGUGCAUGUUAAUGCUGGAGACAGAGCAAGUACUAGGAAAGUAGUUCUUCAGUCUGCUAAUGGAACAUACAGUGAUGGACAAGAACACUCUGUCAUCCUAAUUCGGAAUAAGAGGAUCAUAACUGUACAGGUGGAUGAAAGUAAACCUGCAGAAUUGAGGCUUGGUUCAGCAGCAGAAAAUAGCCCCAUUAAUAUUUCCAACUUCUAUGCUGGUGGCAUUCCAGCAGGAGAGGGCAUUUUAGGGCUAAAAUUGGCUGGCUCCUUUCAUGGCUGUAUCAGCAACCUUAUUUUUAACAAGGAGCUUUUAUAUUUUACCACUUCCAUGAAGUAUGAGCAUGUGGAUAUGGACAGCUGCUUUCUGUCAGAGAAGCCUAAAACAGCUCUACAACCAUCAGACAUUGUGAUUCAACCUGAACUUCAGGCUUUACCAGUUCCCCUGAGACCUCUCACAGACACAAAAAAAGUAGUUUGUGCAAAAGAUGAGCUGCCUGGUCAUGUUCAAGGUGCUCAUCAGUUUGGACUUGCCAAAGGCAGCCACUUGACCCUGCUCUUCAAUCAGUCUGCUGUCAGGAAGAAACUUUCCAUCCAGCUGAAUCUCAGAACCUUUUCCUCCACUGGCCUGAUUUACUACAUGGCUCACCAAAACCAGGUUGAUUAUGCAGCCCUACAGCUUUAUGGGGGACAGCUCCAUUUCUCAUUUGAUUUAGGCAAAGGAAAAGCAGUAGCUCUUCACCCUGCUGUUGUCAGUGAUGGAAAAUGGCAUACGGUAAAGACGGAAUAUGUUAAAAGAAAAGGCACAAUCAUUGUGGAUGGACAGGAACUGGUAGCAGUCAAUGCUCUGGGAGAUGGUAGCACCUUGGAUGUGGAGGGGAAGCUCUAUGUGGGAGGACUCCCCUUAGACUACGUACCAAAGAAUCUUGGGAAUGUUACUCACAGUAUUCCUGCCUGCAUUGGUAGCAUGACAAUUAAUGGCAAACAACUGGACAACGAGAGUCCUGUCUCUAUCUUUGCUGUGAAUAAAUGCUAUGAAACAGUGCAGGAUGGUACUUUCUUUGAUGGAAGUGGUUUUGCUGCUCUUGUCAGAGAAGGCUACAAAGUGCGCUCUGACGUGAACAUCUCCCUGGAGUUCCGCACAACAGCGGUGCACGGCGUUCUGCUCGGCGUCAGCAGCGCCAAGGUGGAUGCGAUUGGGCUGGAAAUUGUACAUGGCAAGGUUUUAUUCCAUGUCAACAAUGGAGCUGGCAGAAUAACAGCUUCCUAUGAACCAAGAGGCACAAAUGGCUUGUGUGAUGGGAAAUGGCACAAGCUUCAAGCAAACAAAAGCAAACAUCACAUUUCACUGAUAAUUGAUGGGAAUUUGGUUCACACUGAUAAUCCCUAUGUCCAGUCAACAUCUGCAGAUACGAACAAUCCCAUUUAUGUUGGAGGUUAUCCUGCUGAUGUCAAGCAAAACUGCCUCACAAGCAAGAGCUCAUUCCGUGGCUGUUUGAGGAACCUUGUUUUGACCAAGGGCCAACAUACAGAAUUGUUUGACUUUAGCAGAGCUUUUGACCUGCGUGGAGUAUUUCCUCAUUCCUGCCCUGGGGCUGAGCACUGAACUGUAGCAAAGCCCGUCUGGAUUGAGAAAGGGUUUCGGUUUUUUUGUUGUUGAUCUGUUAUUUUGCAUUCGCAUUUUGUAAUGAAAAGAACUGAUAAGAACCUGCAUCUAUUUGAUUUUUCUGGCUGUUUUCCAACUCAGGUCAUUUAUUUUUUUUUUAAUCAGAAGCUCCAUGUCUGCAUUUUAACUAAAUG